ACUGUCCAUCUGACAAGGUGAUUGCUAGCAUGCAAGGUUCCUUUACAUCCCCGGGAUAUCCUCUUGGUUAUGCUGGCUACCUAAACUGCUCCUGGGUAUUGAAUCUGGGGCCAAGCAGCACAGUGCAGAUUUCCAUAUACAAUCUGUCUAUAACGGAGUCAAACAAGUGUGAGAAAGCAUUCCUCCGCAUCAGUGAAGACAUACGCAGCCAAAGUAUUCUUCUAGGCCAGUACUGUGGGACAUUUUCCCAGCCAUCGGUGGUCAAGUCAAGUGCUGGGUCAGUAGUAAGGUUUCAGUUCACAACCGACGAACCGGACGUGGAGAAAGGCUUUGCUCUGAACUAUACAGUUAACAAAAACAUUGGAAAUGGUCUCGGAAGUGGUUUUCAAGCAAAAUUGCGGUGAUGUGUUACUGAUGGGGCCAAGUGGCAGUGAGAUUAGAUCUCCAGGAUAUCCCAAUAACUACCCCAACAAUGCCAGCUGCUAUUGGAGAAUUAUAGCGCCAUUGAACUUCGUUAGAGGUGAUUUUAAGAUCUUCAGCACAGCAUUCCUGCACUGAUCAUGUAGAUCUCUAUGAAGGAACUGAUGCCACAAAGGAGUUGGCCCACUUUGGACAUGACUUGCCUCCAUCUGUUUAGUCCUCUGGGCCUGACUUAACAAUUGUGUUCAUCGCCACUUGCAAAGAAACAAGUAAAGGGUUUCUACUGGAGUAUUCCUUCAUAGAGAUGCAACCAAAUCCGGUGUUUCCGGCAAAGCUGAACCAGGCUUCGCUUCCUACUAUUGGUACAAAGAGCGGUGCAGAUUACUGGAGUGACUGUGUAUAAAAUCUACCCAUGUGUGUGCAGGGGCUGCUGGUUCUACAUCUUGUAGGUACAAAGAAGAGCAUUAUGGAUCCCACAGCUUCUGGCAUGUUUUGUGGGAGGAUGCUGAGCAUGGUGAACUCAGAGGAUGUGAAUGCCAUUAUCCAAGCUCAGAGGCACAUGCUGGAUCGGUUUGAAAAGACAAAUGAGAUGCUCCUAAACUUUAAUGGGCUGUCGAACGUGCGUCUGCAGCAGAUGAACGACCGGUUUCAGAACCACACGCGGACGCUGGUGGAGAUGAAGAAGGACCUCGACAGCAUCUUCAGGCGAAUCAGGACACUUAAGGGCAAGAUUUCAAAACAGUACCCAGAUGCCUUUAACAAUGUUCACGAAUCUCCAAUUCUUGAAGACGAUGAUGAUGAUUUUGAUCCCAUACCUCCAAGCACAGCAACCACAACAGCCACAUCAGAACAGAGCACAGAAUCUUGUGACACCAGUCCGGAUAUCUUAUCCCUGUCGAUGAGCCGCUGCUCUGAAGAUUUUUCUCAAGAACUGCCAGAAACGCCUACUUCUAAUGGACAGAGGAAACCUUACGAUGAAAAUGAAGAAGAACAUGAUCCAGAGAAGGAGUAGAGGAGGAGGGGGGAGGACUGCAUUAGAUUUUAAAACUAAAUCUAUCCUGACAUUAGAUGUAUUGCAAAUGUGCUGUUAAUAUUAACCUGGGGAUGGACACUAGUUAAUAUCGCAUACUUAAUUGGCACUAACAAGAUAAAAGCUAAUAUAUGAACAUUACUGCUUGUAACCAAGAAGGAUAACUCCUAAUAGAGACCAUGCUGUUUUACAUUAAGUAGCCUAAGCUUUUUCAAGAUCCAAAGGCAGAUGAACACACUUUAAAUGAAGUGCUGUCUUCUUUUAAACAUUGCCAUCUUGAACCCAUAAUGUGAAAAAUCAUUGGAUAGGUUGUAGGACCAGCUUGUCACAAAAGGUAUUCAUUGAGGAUGCUGGUUUUACAAUAUAAACAGUUGUAUAAGUAAAUUGUGUUUUAUUAAUAUCUGUGUAUUCAUUAACAAUACAGUCAUACACGGUACAAUGAAUGUGUUCAUAAGUACUAAAUAGAUUACUGUUUUAUUUUUAAAUACUGAAGAUAGAUGUACUGAAAGAGGUUUUGUGGCAAAAGGUGACACUAAAUCCAACCACUGAUUGACUUGAAACACUGCUAUGGCAGUGGUAUGAUCACUGGUAUGGCAUUUGCAACUCUUGUAAAAAAAAAAAAAAAAAACACAAAAAAAACCAAUUCUCUUACACAAGAUAACAGUACGGGCCCUUCUUAAUGUUUCUAUUUAUUACAGGUCAGUACCACCCAACACUACUGUUGCAUAUUCAGAGCAACAUUAGGGCUUUAAAACCCUACCAAUAUAUGCGUCAACUACAUUUGUGUGUGUAUCUGAGCUGUCUUCUGAUCCUGAGAUCAGAAAAAAAAUACUGUAAUACGGUUUUUGAUGGUAUGCUGUCUGUAAUAUACAAUUCUGACCAUGUCUUCAUACCAUUAAAAGUGUAAAGCCUUCUACUUUCCUUGUAUUUCAACAGUCAAGGUACAGCAAAAUAAAUAAAAUAAAAAACGUGUACAUUUAGUCUUGCAUUUUAUGUUAAGGGAGUGUAAAUAGAUUUAUUUUUCAUAUUAAUUUAAGUGACGGGUUCUAGACUGAAAACACUAGAUACGUAAAAAAAAAAAAAUUUUAAUCCACAGAGCACAGCACCCCACUGCAAAUAUAACUGAGUAUUGUAACGUGUAUUUUUAAAGUGAGGAAAUGCCCAUAUACCUGUACAAGCUUGUAAGAGUUGCCAUUUAUGGGCUGCUUUGUUGUUAAUUUAACGGUUUGUUUCAAACUUUUUUUUAAGGUAAAACCUCUUAAUAAAGCUUAUCUCUUUAUUGUUA